UUCAGUUAUGGAUACUAGAGGUUAUUUGUGUCUGUGGCUUUUUGGGACUUUUUCCCUGCCCUUCUGGGUUUAAGAAUUCCCCUAACCAGCAGCAUGUGACUGCAUAAAAGCACCGACACUUCACAAUGCUCAGCCCAGCAGCCAAUCUCAAGUCCCCUUUCAUUGCCUCUAACACUAACAGCCAGUCAGACAGCUCCUCUUAUCUCUGCCCUGCACACCAAUUAGCUGGACUUUUAAAUCCCUGCAGUGCCUGUGAGUAACUCAGUUCCAGGAAGAGACUGCUGAGUCUUGUUUAAGACAGCGAGCAGAGGGAAACUAUAGUACCUAGUUGGUAGUGAUAUAUACGAUAAAUAAAUGGUGAGUAGAUAGUAGUGGAUUGUAUAGCAAGUAGUGAAGAGAAGAGAGUGUGUCACACAGUACAAAGGAGAAUCUAUUGCUAGGUCUGUAUAGUGUGUACUAGGGUGAAGUGCCUGCUGGGAUCUACUGCUUCUGUCCUGUGACUAUCUGGACUAGGGAAAAGCGAUUGACAGCUCCUGUUGGUAUCACAACGUGAGCAAAGAAGAAAUAAAAGUGCUGAGUCCUGUUGGUGCUCCAUAUACAAUACUGGGGAGACAGCUGAGGAUUGGUGACUUAGUACUGGGAAGAAGAGACAGAACCCUGCUGGUGCCACAAAAAAGCCUCUCCUGAUCACUGUCGAACAGUCUGAAGACUUCCUUGCCAGCCACACUCAUAGACAAGGAGGGAAUUAAAGGAUUUUGGUCAUUGAAGCUUAAUUACUUCCAACCAUUUGCUUGCCUGGCAUUGGUGUGAAACCAUCGUAACCAGCAGGUCAUAAAAUGCACAAUUACCUUUAAACGGUCCAAACUGCAGCCCUAUGGCCUCCGCCGCAUUGGUACCAGAAUCCCACAGCCACGUGCUGGCUGAAUUUGACUCCCUUGAUCCUUUGCUUUCGGCUCUUCGUUUGGAUUCUAAUCGUUUGAAGUGUACUUGCCUGUCCGUGUCUCGAAAAUGGCUGGCGCUAGGAAGUUCUGGUGGAGGCCUAAACCUCAUACAAAGGGAUGGGUGGAAGCAACGUCUCUUUCUUACUCACAAGGAAGGUGCCAUUUCUCGUGUUUCUUGCUGCAGUCAUGAUGAAGACUAUGUAGCUGUGGCAACCAGCCAGGGUAUGGUGGUGGUCUGGGAACUGAAUCAAGAGCGUCGCGGGAAACCAGAGAGGAUCUAUGUAUCAUCAGAGCACAGGGGAAGGAAGGUGACUGCCCUCUGCUGGGACACAGCUGUGCUACGUGUCUUUGUAGGGGAUCAUCUAGGCAAAGUGACAGCGAUCAAACUAAACUCAUCUAAACAAGGAAAGGCAGCCCCUGCUUUCGUCAUGUUUCCUGUUCAGAUCAUCACCACUGUCGACUCCCGCGUGGUACAACUGGACUAUCUGGACGGCAAAUUGCUCAUAUCCUCCCGAACACGUUCCUAUUUAUGUGAUACUGAGAGGGAAAAAUUUUGGAAAAUUGGCAACAAGGAGAGGGAUGGUGAUUAUGGAGCCUGCUUUUUUCCCGCUGGAAGGAACUUGGUUGGCCAGCAGCCAUUAAUUUACUGCGCUCGACCUGGGUCCCGGAUGUGGGAAGUGAACUUUGAAGGAGAGGUGCAAAGUACUCAUCAGUUCAAGCAACUCCUGUCCUCUCCACCUCUUCCCGUUAUUCGUUUACGAUUAGACCUUCAGUAUGAUUCCACCCCUGGACCCCCACAGUCUUUAGCAUUCACUAAACUCUUGUACUUAAGUGAACACAGCGUGCUGACGUGGACAGACCGGACAAUUUACAUCUUUAUUCCCCAGAAUGUGCAGGUUCUACUGUGGAGUGAAGUAAGAGACAUCCAAGACCUAUCCAUUUAUAAGAAUGAGCUGUUCUGUCUGCACCAUGAUGGCAAGGUCUCGCACUUCUCCUUGCUUCCAGUGGAGCGAUGUGUUGAACGUCUUAUCAAAAGAAGCUGCUGGGAUCUGGCUGCCAGGGUUUGCCACUUGUUCCAGAACAUCAUUGUUUUAAGUAAAGGAAGGAAAGUCUUGCCCAUGGACAAACUAGAACACUUGAAGGCCCAGCUGGACAUUGUAACACAGCAAGAAUCCAUUGCUCAGCUUGAAGAUUUGAUGUCCAAGCUUGAACCUCUGGAUUCAGCCUGCAGCAGCAGACGGAGCAGUAUCUCCUCACAUGAAAGUUUCAAUGUGUUGGACUGUGGAAUCUAUCGGGUUAUCAGCCGCAGAGGUAGCCAAUCCGAUGAAGACUGUGAGUCCUUACACAGCCAAACAUUGUCUGAGGACGACCGAUUACGAGAACAAGAGGAAGAGCAAGGAGAUCUUGACAAUGUAUCUCAUGCGUCCAUGACGGCUGACAGUGAUCGAAAUGAGACUUUGCUUCCAUUUAACAUCCAAUUGCCAUUUCGUUCCACCUCUCCACGUGUGUCCCUGCAGGCAAUGAAAGACAGUGUCACUAGCUUUGUGAGAAAAACCACUGAGAAAAUUGGAACCCUUCACAUGAAUCCUGAUAUCAGAAUGCGGCAAGAGGUGAAGGAAGAUGACCGACUCCUUGAUGUGCCUGUCAAUGACAUGUCCCAACCAGAGGAGGAAAAGAACGAGGUAGACUCCCAUCCGCCGUCCUGUGAGGAAGUCAGCCUGGGAGAGUUAAAACUGUCAACAGCCGCAGCUAUAUCAAAAAUCCAAGAUCCUGAGGUUUUGUUUGACCCAGAGGCCAUGGUAAUAAUCUUAAACACGUGGCUCCCGUACCUGGAAAAAGCUUUUAGUCCCCAGGCUGACCCCUCUGACCAAGAUUCAGAUGGUGAAGUGCCAACUACAAGCUCAUCCUGUAAUAAUGAGGACGGAGAAGAAGGAGAUUUCAGGCCAGAAUUGGGGAUGACAAAGGACGAGGGAAGAGCGCAGACUGACUUGACUAAAACGGAGCACCCUGUUAUAUUUCACGUGACUGCUCCAUUUCCCAUAGAGGAGUCUCUUCGUCGGGACCUGUCCAGCCUUGCCAUGCUCUGUCUGGAAUUCAAAGUUUUCACAGAUGGAAAGGAUCCAUUGCCCUCAGAUCUCGGUUCUUCUGCCUGCCACUUUAUACAGAGUUACUUUUUCCUUUUAGACCUUAAGAGACUAAAACGUUGUAUAGCUCUCCAGUACACUGACUGCCCAACAGUCUGGGAUACCUACGUGCAAGGGCUGCAAGAUCUGACGAGUUCUACUCCAGUGGCUGGAGCAAUAGCCAGUGAGGCUCUGGUGAGCGUGAUCAAGUUAUUAAGUGAUGAAGAGCCGUGGGAUAGUCCUCUGCUGCUCGCUCAUGCCUGCAGGAUGUAUGAGAAGUUUGGGGAAACCGCAGUCCGGUCUUUGAUAAGGUUCUACCCUUCCAUUCUGCCCCUGGAUGUCAUGCAGCUCUGCCGUGGAAAUCAAAGGCACUUCCUUGCUUAUCUGGACAGCCUUAUUAAAUCAAAACCAGUGGAUCAAAGGUCAUCUCUGCUACAGUCGCUUGUUCAGCCAGAAUCUCUCAAAAUGGAUUGGCUUUUGCUGGCUGUUUCCCAUGAUGCUCCACAAACCAGCAACACUUUGGAUCCGGAAGGAAAUCCCAAGCCAAAUUCUCAUCUGUUUACCUGGGGUUAUGGACCUUUAAUUGAUCUGUUAAUAAAACUUCCGGCAGAUUACGAAACAAAACAGAAGAUGUCCACAGUCUGUAGGACCUUUGGAUACUGGCGGGGAUAUGUGUCUUUGUGUUUGGAGCUGGACAGAAGGACAGAAGCCCUGACAAACAUUGUGUUCCUUGAUGAUCUGAGUCUUAUCGAUGAAGUCAGUGGUGUCAUACCAGAGACCAUGGAUGAAUGGAAAUUAAUUCUUCAGCUAGCAAAAAGCCACGAUUCUUAUCCUCAUUCUCACGAUCACCACCAGCAUCAAAAUGGCACAGAGAAUGGGAGUUCAGUAAGUAACGGGCACACGGACUGGCCUAACUGCAUCACAGUGGAGAAUGUGGCCCUCCUUCUGAUGAAGGUGAUAGGGACCGAGCGUGCCUGGCCAUAUCUGCAGGAAUGGGGUGCGACUGAGAGCUUCUCUGACAGAUACACCAAGGUUUGCGAUAUCAUGAAAGUGGCUGAGAAAAGACAGAGAGCACUGAUCCAGUCUAUGUUGGAGAGAUGUGAGACGUUCCUGUGGUCACAGCAAGCAUAAUGGCACCUGCUCCUUCAGGACAACGGAUAAAGCCUGAUUGGAAGCAACCAAUAAACCAGAGGAGUUCUGCUGUUGGUACCACUGUGUCAAGCUAUUCCGCAACUAAAAACAGCUGGGAUUGUGAACCAUAUUCCUAUCUGUGAAUUCCUCAGCUGAAGAAAACCCAAACAUUAACUUCCCAAGGCAGGAUCUUUGCAAUCACAGUGCCCCACUCGUUGGCUCCGCAGUCUAAUAGUAACAUAUACCCAGUUGCCAUUGCUGCUGCCUGAACAAUAUGCAGUGACAGACGUGAGAAGAUUAUCAGUGUUCUGGAGCUGUAUAUCAAUAAGUAUAAUAUGCACAUUGUGCUUCUUAUGAUUAUAACUAGAGCAUGAGUGUAUUGUAAAUACUGUGCCUUACAUUUCUACAGGCCACAUAGAAUAUACUAUGGCCCUGCUAACUUUAUCCUAUGUGAGAACUAUUCUGCCCACCUCUGUUCCCAAAGGAGCGCAUUAUGAACCCACUCUCCUGGGCACAAGUGCAUUAAUGAGUGACCCUGUAAAGCAUUGCAUUAUGGGCAUUGGAGCACAGUGAUGUCCGAACAAAUAUGAUUUGCGGCAUCCAGAACAAGGUAUUAUGGAAAAUAAACGUUUCCCUUUAAAGGGGUGCUUCUCCUUUACAAUAACUUUUAGUAUGGUGUAGAACAUCCUGUUCGUAGCAACUCAGAAAUUGGUCUUCAUUAUUUAUUUUUUAUAGUUUUCAAAUGGUUUGUCUUCCACUUUUAAAUGGGGAGGGGGUCACCGACCCCAGCAGUGUAAAAAAAAAACAACUGCUCCGUGAGCUUACAAUUUUAUUAUUUUUAUUACUUACCUUUUCUAUUUUGUCCCAUCCCUCUUC